AUGACGGCACCCCGCCGCACCCGCCGCGCAGGCGGCCACACCGCCACGCUGCUCCUCGUCGCCCUCGCGCUCGUCGCCCUCUCGCUCGUGCCCGCCGCCGCCGCGUUCGGCGCCGGCAACAUUCCCUCCUUCUCGUACCUCGAGGGCAAGGCCUUCCGCCACGGCGACAUCGAGGACAUCCUCGAGGAGCUCGCCAAGAAGGCCGGCGGCAGCUUCCUCGGCCUCGGCGGCGGCAGCAAGUUUGGCGGACUGGACAUCAAGCGCGUGUACUUCGGCAACUGGCUGCGCGACUACUCGCAGGCCAUGGACGUCGCCGCGCUCAAGAAGAUGGAGAAGAUGAGCGUGCUCAACAUCGUCAUGGUGCUCGGCUUCCUGGCGCACGGCUACGCUACCGGCUCGUUCCUUGUGACGAUGGAGCGCCUCGGCGUGUACUUGCCCGUGGAGCACAUCGACAACCCCAAGGGCUACGCCGCCGGCGAGGAUGCGCGCAAGUACGACUCGCGCCUGCGCGGCCCUGUCGACGAGCAGCGCGAGCUUGCCGUCGACCCGCGCAGCGGCAUGAAGGCCUACAUCGCGCAGGAGGGCCAGGGCUUCGACACGAGCAGCGCCUUUGUGCGCCGCACGCUCGUCAAGUGCAUCGAGAUGGGCCGCCAGUCGCGCCGCAGCGGCCGCGCCGAGGACGAGUGGGAGGCGUACCGCCUGCUGGGCCAGGGCUUGCACACGAUCGAGGACUUUAGCGCGCACAGCAACUUCUGCGAGCUGGCCCUCGUGAAGCUCGGACACCGGCAGGUCUUCUGCCACGUCGGCGCCAACGUCAAGGUCCGCGCCCCGGACGGCUCGCAGUGCGCGCCUCUUGUCACCGGCACCUUCGGCGGCGCCGACUUCAUGCACUCGAUGCUCGGCGAGGCGCAGGACCACAUGAGCGAGGCCUCGAUCUCGGACCUCUCCAAGGCCGUCGACGGCGCCAAGAGCAAGCAGCGCGGCGGCGAGAGCGGCAGCGGCGGCGCCAUGCAGACGCUCUUCGGCCUGCUCAGCGGCAUCCCCGGCGGCGGCGGCAGCAACACGACGCGCGACGCCGAGGAGCUUUCGCGCGGCCCUGCCAAGGACCCCUCACAGAUGAACCCGCAGGAGGUGUAUGACAACCUCUUCAAGAUUCUCUCGUUCCGCGACCGCGUCAUGAUGUCGAUCGAGACGACGAUUGAGAAGAUCCCCGGCAUGUCGGCGCUUGUCGAGAAGAUCACGAACUCGCUGUCCGUCUUCGUCCUCUCGCUCCUCGAGCCGUUUGUCAAGCCUCUUGUGCAGCAGGCGAUGGGCGGUCUGCACCAGACGUCCGCCGCGGUCGUCAGCGGCGAGGACCAGCAGGAGGUGUACGAGAAUCCGAACGCCAGCGAUCCCACCCACUCGCAGCUUUCGAAGGACCAUUUCGGCCUGAUCCUCAACGAGACGGCGGGCAACCUGGCACGCAUCGCAGUGCGCCACACCGUGCAGCUCGUGGUCAAGGCUUGGGACGGCGAGGGCAACCCCGAUGCCGUGGCGGACGAGUGUCUGGCUGGCUGGUUCCACCCUAACUGGUUCAACCCGAGCCGGUGCCACCCAGUGCAGGCAGAGAUGAUGCAGUACAUGGAGGGCUGGGCGCGCUCCAACGGCGACUCGAUCCGCCGCCUCGACAUGGGCAGCUGCCGCGCCCACACCAACACGCGCUCGGGCAAGGCCGAGCCGCACUCGCACGGCGGCGGCGGCAUGAACCAGGGCCAGUACGCCCCGCAGGGCCAGCAGGGCUACGAAGCGGGCACCAACAUGGCGCACAGCGUGCAGGGCUACGUCGGCAACAAGCUGCAGGCGCAGGGCGGCAUCCUCGGCGCUGCUGGCGGCUACAUCGCCAGCCAGGGUCAGAGCGCCGGCGGAGGCGGCCGGCGACGCGAGGCCGACCACGACGACGACGACCGCCGUCAGAGCGGCUAUGGCGCGCCCAGCAUGGGAAUGCCGGAGCCGCAGCACCAUCGCUAUGACAGCGGCGAGCAGCGUCGCCACGGCGGCGGCCGCGAUGACGACGACGGCGAGCAGCGCCACGGCUACCAGGGCCGUCAGCAGCAGCACGGCUUUGAGGGUCGCCAACAGGAGCACGGACGGCAGCAGGAGCAUGGCUAUGGCUCGAGACGUGACGACAACUACGGUGGCCGUCAAGAGCAGAACUACGGCGCUCCUCACCACGGCGGAGGCGGCGACCCCUUCCCGCGCCACGGCGGCGACGGCGGCUACCCGGGCCAGGCGCAGCAGGGCUACGGCCAGCAGCCGCAGUACGGCGCGCCGCCGCCGCAGCAGUAUGGCGGCCCCGACGGCCAGUACGGCCAGCCGCAGCCGGGCUAUGGCGCGCCCAACCCGUACCAGCAGCAGGGCUACGGUGCACCGCCGCCGAACCCGUACAACCAGCAGGGCGGUGGCCAGUACGGCGGCCAGCAGGGCGGCUAUGGCGGCGGCUACUGAGCGCUCCUCUUCGCAAAGCGGCCACGCAUCCACGACACACACACGCAUGAGCUACAUCCGGUCUGCACUCGCUCGCAAUGAGACGAUGCAUCUGAGCCUCUGGCAGCUGACUGGCUUCUCGAGCGGGCCCAUGACACCACGCUCGGCCAGCUCGACGCGCGAGUCACAGCGUCAGGGUUCUGCAGCCUCGUCCCUGGCCCGCACGAGGUGUAUGAGAAGCCGUCAGGACAGCGGCCAGCGCUCGCUGUGCCGCGAGUCUGUGAGCGCAUCGUCGAGGUGUUGGUGUCCGGCCGGUGGGGCGAGGUGGGACGGAGGCGCGAAUCUUGCACGGGGCAGCAGCUGCUGCACGAUGGCGCAGCACAGAC